AUGGCGGCGUGGGUGCGGGCAGCUUUGCUGGCCGCCGCCGUGGCCGCGUAUACUGCGGCGGCGGUGGUGCCAGCGGAAGCGCUGAGCCUGGACGUCCACCACCGGUACUCGGCCACCGUGCGUGAGUGGGCGGGGCACCGCGCGCCGCCAGCCGGGACUGCGGAGUACUACGCGGCGCUGGCCCGGCACGACCUCCGUCGGCGGUCGCUCGCGGCCGGGCCUGCGCCCGCUUCAGGAGGAGGGGAGGUGGCCUUCGCCGACGGCAACGACACGUACCGGCUCAACGAACUGGGAUUCUUGCAUUACGCGGUGGUGGCGCUGGGGACGCCGAACGUGACGUUCCUGGUGGCGCUCGACACCGGCAGCGACCUCUUCUGGGUGCCCUGCGACUGCAUCAAUUGCGCGCCCCUCGUCUCCCCCAACUACGGAGAUUUGAAGUUCGAUACAUACAGCCCUCAGAAGUCGAGUACUAGCCGGAAGGUCCCAUGCAGUAGCAAUUUGUGUGAUCUGCAGAGUGCAUGCCGAUCAGCAAGUAGCAACUGCCCUUACAGCAUCGAAUACUUGUCUGAUAACACGUCGUCCACCGGUGUGCUAGUUGAGGAUGUCUUGUACCUGAUAACGGAGUAUGGGCAACCAAAAAUUGUUACGGCCCCCAUAACGUUUGGUUGUGGGCGGAUUCAGACGGGUUCAUUUCUAGGCAGUGCUGCACCCAAUGGUCUACUUGGGCUUGGUAUGGACAGUAUAUCAGUCCCUAGUUUACUAGCAAGUGAAGGAGUUGCUGCCAACUCCUUCUCCAUGUGCUUUGGAGAAGAUGGUCAUGGUAGAAUCAAUUUUGGGGACACUGGAAGCUCAGAUCAGCAGGAAACCCCGUUAAACAUUUAUAAACAAAAUCCAUAUUACAACAUAAGCAUCACUGGUGCUAUGGUGGGAAGUAAAUCGUUUAACACCAAGUUUAAUGCUAUUGUUGACUCUGGCACCUCUUUCACAGCUCUGUCUGAUCCGAUGUACACUGAAAUCACUAGCAGCUUCAAUUCACAAGUCCAAGAUAAGGCAACCCAACUUGACUCUUCUCUGCCCUUUGAAUUUUGCUACUCCAUAAGUCCAAAGGGUUCUGUCAAUCCUCCAAACAUAAGUUUGACGGCAAAAGGUGGAAGCAUAUUUCCUGUCAAUGAUCCAAUAAUUACCAUUACGGACAAUGCAUCUAAUCCGAUGGCAUAUUGCUUGGCUGUUAUGAAGAGCGAAGGUGUUAACUUAAUAGGGGAGAAUUUUAUGUCUGGGCUGAAGGUUGUGUUUGAUCGAGAGAGGAAGGUCUUGGGUUGGAAAAAUUUUAAUUGCUACAGCGUGGACAACUCAAGCAACCUUCCAGUGAACCCAAAUCCUUCUGGUGUUCCCCCGAAACCAGCCUUGGGACCGAACAGUUACACUCCUGAAGCUACCACGGGUGCCUCGCCGAAUGGCACCCAAGUCAAUGUAUUGCAGCCUUCAGCAAGUUUUUCGCUGAAGCUGCAUUGCAACAGAAACGUCUUCGUCGCCGCUGCUCUGCUAUUCCUCGUGACCCUUUGA